AUGCUGAAGGUCCUGCUGCUGCUUAUCUUGCUGGAUUCCUUCAAUUGCUCCACGGGGGCAGUCAUUACAGGGGCAUGUGAAAGAGAUAUGCAGUGUGACCUGGGGACCUGCUGUGCUGUCAGCUUGUGGCUGCGUGGGCUUCGCAUGUGCACCCCAAGAGGGAUGCUUGGAGAUGAAUGCCACCCCUUCAGUCAUAAGGUACCCUACUUUGGAAAACGACAACACCACACAUGCCCUUGUCUUCCCUAUUUGGUCUGCGCCCAACACACAGAAAACAAAUACAGGUGUACCAACGACUUUAAAAAUAUAGACUUUUGA